AUGCCCGUGAAGAACAGCCUUAGCAAAGCACUUGGGCAUGUGCACAGCUAACAAGCUAACUUUCUUGGUUUCACUCUCUUUGCUGCAGGGCACACUAGACUGGGAGGACUUCACACAGCGCGUAGACAACCUGGCCAUGUUCCUGGUCAAGAGGAGGGACGGGACCAGGAUGUUUGUUCACCCAUCCUUCAGGGAGUGGCUGAUCUGGAGGGAGGAGGGGGAGAAAACCAAGUUCCUCUGUGACCCCAGGUCAGUGGGUGGAUGGGUCUGCUGUUGUGUGGGGGGUGGGUACUAAAUGAGAGACUGAUGUAGUCUUAGAUAGGGUUACAAAACUUUGCCCAAAUUCCUAGGUUUUCCAGAAAUUCCGGUUGGAAGUUUCCUAGAAUCAGGAGGAAAUAAGCAGGAAUAAGCAUACUAAACUAACUGUCAACAACAUUACAUCUAACAAUCUACUAACCCUAACUAUUUGUGCGGAAGCUCAUGGUUUAUGUUCCUCCCUGUCUCCCUUUAGGAGUGGCCACACCCUGCUAGCCUUCUGGUUCUCUCGCCAGGAGACCAAACUGAACCGACAGCAGACCAUUGAACUGGGACACCACAUCCUCAAAGCACACAUCUUCAAGGUUCACCUAACCACACUCUACCUGCCUACACACGCGCACACAGACACACACAAUGCACACACACACCUUCGUAUGCACACAGCACAACUCAAAGCAGUGACAGCUCAAAUUAUGUCUAUAUUUCAGGGCCUAAGCAAGAAGGUUGGGGUUUCCUCGUCCAUCCUCCAGGGG